AUGUUGAUUUCACGCAUCUAUCCAUGCCUUGCCCUCGGACUUGGCCUCCUCCCAUCCGCCCUGGCACAAGGCACCAAUCUCCCAUCCCUCGAGGAAGCUUACAUCGAAAUCGCGAGCGACUACUGCAUCAACGCAUUUGCCGAUCUGGGACAACCCUACGACGACCGGUCCAACUGCGUCACUGUCGGUAUAGUUGAACGUAGUUACAUUGAAGACCGCGAUAACCAGGGCAACCCGGCGCGCUACUUGGAUGUCGACACCGGCAACAAUAACCGCCUUAUCUUCAAUCCAGGUCCGAUCUUCCCGACCCUGUGGUGGUUUCACAACGGAACAUCUUCGGGCGACGGACGCUAUGGAGCCCUUUUCCUCGGGCGUGCUUCCAAUGACCCUGUCUAUGGACCAGACUGGCAGGUUUCACCAGAUGGCACGGUCUUUGCUGCGAAUUCGGACACUCAGAACCCCGUGCAACUAGUGCUUGUUGACCGGAGCGCGGCUGCGGCUGCUUAA